GAAUGAGUGAAAUAAUGGUUCAUAACCGAGGUGUAAUCACGUGUAGAAGAUCGACGAUCGCUGAUGCUGUGUUAGGGAGUCUCAAUUGCCAUCUCCAUCACUCGAAUAGAGUAAAGCCAGGCCAGUGCAGUGCAAAGAAUAAUACAUGAGCUAAAAAUUGCUCUUAUGGUAAGGAAGGUCCUUGGCGGUGACACCCCUUCUUCUUCUUCUAACACCCUCUACCUAAUCCCCAAAUCCAAUCCCGUCCUUGACAGGACUCUUCAUCCUUCAUUUCGGUGCCAUUCCUCCAUUCAUUUAUGUCAACUCGAGUUUGGUCUGAUAUUUCCCCUUUUCGACCACCUCCCGCAUUUUCUUCCUUUCCUCGCCUUCCCCACCCCCUCACCUCCAGCUUGAACAGCCGCUCCACAUCCAAGGCUUGACGCCUUUUCACCUAUCCAUCAUGAUGAAGCAAACAAAAGCCAGGGCCGUGUCAGUCUCCUCACAUCCAAAGUCCCCUCCGCUGGACAUGACAACCGUAGCAACAACUGCCCCACCUGAAUCUUCACAAAGCAGCCCACCCUCAAGAAUAUUCGGUCUCCAAGAUGCACCCUGUUAUUACCCCACUCCCGAGGAGUUUAUGGAGCCGCUCAAAUUCAUCGAGAGUAUCCGUCCAGAAGCUGAGAAAGCUGGCAUCUGCAAGAUCAUCCCACCUGAAGGCUGGAAGCCGCGGUUCUCACUGGACACUGAGGUGUUCCGUUUUAAAACGAGGAUCCAGAAACUAAAUAGCAUGGAAGGCGAGACCAGGACCAACCUCAAUUAUUUAGAACAGCUGUACAAAUUUCACCGCCAACAAGGACAUCCCGUUCUUAAGAUUCCACAAUUGGAUAAACGUCCGAUCGAUCUGUUCAGGCUCAGGAAAGAGGUUACAGCUCGAGGAGGAUAUCAAAAGGUCACAGCAGGGAAAAAAUGGGCAGAAAUCGGGCGCGGGCUUGACUAUACAAGAAAGCAAUGCACCUCACUUUCAAAUGCCCUUAAAUCAGCCUACCUCAAAGUCAUCUUGCCAUAUGAGAUUUAUUUAUCAAAACAGGGUAAAACUGCAUCCGAAAAUUUUCCAAAUGAUUUCAAGCGGGAAUCGAGCUCAGAUCCCACACCUCAAAGCUCACAGGAUUCUCCCGCAGCCAGCGUUAUUGCUAUGCCUGAGACUCGAAAAUCAAAACGGAUUAAAAAAGAUCCAGUGUCCUGUGCUGAUUCGCAGCCGUCAUCACCAUCAAAUUCGGAACGAACUUCGAGUGAACCACUAUCAGUUAAUCGCGGAGAUGACGACGAUGAUAGCUCAGACGUCUGCGAGAUUUGUCACAAGGAAUGUGAUCUGGACAGGAUGCUUAUUUGUGAUGGCUGCGAGCUUGGAUACCAUACAUACUGUCUCACGCCACCACUGCAAAAUAUCCCUAAAACGGAUUGGUACUGUGCAAAAUGUCUUGUGGCAGGCGACGAUUUCGGUUUUGAGGAGGGUGAAGAAUAUUCUCUCCAUAGUUUUCAACAAAAGUGCAAUAACUUCAAACAGAGCUGGUUCGAAAAAGCUGGGUUCGAGGAUGGCAAAGUACCUGAGGAUACUGUGGAGCGCGAAUUUUGGAGACUUGUUGAGAAUGCAUACGAGACUGUAGAAGUAGAAUAUGGUGCUGACUUGCAUUCGACUCAGCAUGGAAGUGGCUUUCCUACCUUGGAGAAACACCCAACAGAUAAGUAUUCAGCCCAUCCAGCCAACCUCAACAACAUCCCAGUGCUUCCUGAAUCACUGUUUUGUCAUAUCAAAACGGAUAUUUCAGGAAUGAUGGUUCCUUGGCUCUAUGUAGGCAUGUGUUUCUCAACCUUUUGUUGGCAUAACGAGGAUCAUUACACAUACUCCAUUAACUAUAUGCAUUGGGGUGACACAAAGACCUGGUAUGGGGUCCCUGCUUCAGAUGCUCUCAGGUUCGAGGAUACCAUGAAGAAGGCUGUUCCUGAGCUCUUUAAACAGCAGCCUGAUCUGCUGUUCCAGCUAGUAACUAUGCUUUCUCCAGAAAGAUUAGUUGCUAAUGGCGUUAAAGUUUUGGCUCUAGACCAGAGGCCUGGACAGUUUGUUGUGACCUUCCCACAAGCGUACCAUGCUGGGUUCAACCAUGGCUUCAAUUUCGCAGAAGCAGUCAAUUUCGCGCCUCCUGAUUGGUGUCAAUUUGGACUGGAAUGCGCCCAGCGCUAUAAAGAACACCGUAAACACCCAGUCUUUUCACAUGAUGAGCUUAUUUUAACCACAGCUCUCAAUGACACAAGCAUCGCUACUGCCUAUUGGUUACAGGACGAGAUGAGGAAUCUUUUAGAUCGAGAACUUGCGCAUAGACAAGUUGUUUUAAAGAAAUUCCCAACAAUCAAAACACUUUUGGAAGAGGAGGAUAGGCCAGAAGAGGAAAUCCAAUGUGUUUUUUGCAAUGCAUAUAUAUAUAUUUCACAAGUUGGAUGUCAAUGCACAACCAAGGUCACUUGUCACGACCACAUCAAUGAGCUUUGUAAAUGUGAUAUUCAUGGCCGAUUCAUGCGUCUGCGGUACUCGGAAGAAAAACUGAGAGAGAUCACUCAAAGAAUUAUUGAUACCGCUGCAAUUCCGGAUGCAUGGAUUGCUAAAUACACUAAGAUCAUGAUGGAGACCCGUGUGCCGUCUUUGAGGCUUCUUCGGUCGCUGAUUAAUGAAGCUGAUAAGAUACCAUUUCCUAUUGCAGAGGCUGCGCGCCUGCGGAAAUUCAUGGCUGUUGCGAAUGAAUGGGUUGAAGCCGCGACAAAAGUCCUGGUUCGGAAGCACUAUCAUCAAGGACGGAGGCUGACAGAUCGUGCGCAAGGCUCAACCGGAAAACGACUGGAAGAUCUCCAAGAGAUGCUUCGUCAAGUCGAGCGUUUGCGAUUUGACUGUCCAGAGAUUAAGCAACUACAGGAAUCGAUUGAGAUGAUACAAGGCUUCUUAAUGGAUGCGCAGAGAGCGCUAAGCAAACCUGUGUAUGACCUAACAGAGUGUCGUGAGCUUUACGAGACUGGAGUCAGUAUGAAUAUUACUAUGGACGAAAUUGACCAGCUGGAAACAAUUGUAACAGACCUUACUUGGAUCGAGCGAGUGUCUGCAAAGGGAGUUCUUCAAGAAGAUUUUCUACUGAUUUGCAGUCUGAUUGAGGAUGCAGAAAGGAGUGGUGUUUCGUCGUCCAAUCCGCUUUUAAAAGACCUUAUCAAAAAGAGAAAAGCAGGCAUAGCAUGGGAAGAACAAGCGAAUGAAAUCCUCAGCAAGAACCCAAUAGACCUCGAUGAACUGCAGGCAGUCAUUGAAACUGGGCGAGGCUUCCCGGUUCCUAGGAAUGUUCUUUCUAAGGCAGAACAUCUUCACAAUAAGGCAAUGGAAUGGCAAAAGACUGUGGAGCACCUCAUUACAAAGUCUGCAGAGCCCAAGUACGAAGAUAGGCCGCUUAUAUCGGAACUGAAGCGAGCAUUGAAGAUCGUCGACAGUCUUCCCAUCAUUAUGGAGCACAAAGACAUGUUUGACAAACAGUCAAAAAAGUUUGAUGAUUGGUUUGCGAAAUGUCAAGAGCUCUUAUUGCCGUCUAGUUCGAAAAAGUUUGUUGGAAUCGAACUGGAAGAAACUCUCGAGGACAUGAAGCAAAAUGUAGAAGCCUGCACAGCUGACGAGAAGACACCAAUUAAGCAAGCAAUUACAUCGAAUGGAGACACGGGAAUUGCCACGAUGGCGUCUGACAUAAACGAUGUCUCUUUAGACUAUAAAAAUGAGGGACGCUUAUCUUCGGUUCACGGCGAGUCCAGUAGAACACACAUCUUACUAAAAGAAAACCAAAGUCAGCCAAAAAAAUCAAUGGAAUCAGGCGAAAUGAGUAGUAUGGAUGAAGACAUUCCUGCGACAACAUCAAGAUCACAGAGUAAAGAGCAUUCAGGACCAGAAGCCUCGAGCGACCCUGAACGUGAGGACCAGAUUUAUUGCUUGUGCCGCACAUCCGAGUCUGGCAUGAUGGUAGAAUGUGAUGAAUGCCACGAAUGGUAUCAUGGCCCUUGUGUCCGCGUUACGAAACGUGAGGCCAACACAAAGUCCAACUAUAUUUGCCCUAUUUGCAACUUAAGCCUGGUUAUUCGACGCGACAAACCUCGACCCACAUUAGAACAGCUUGUUAAGAUCUUAGAAGAUGCGAGGGAACUUCGCUUUUUCACGCCAGAAGUCCCCCUGCUUGAAUCAAUUGUCAAUAUGGCAAUGGCAUUUAAGGAUCGAGUAGAUAAGUUCUUAAAGAAGGAUGUCAUUAUUCAGGAGAAUAUCCUCGAAGUCAAGGCAUACCUCCGUAAGAUUGAAGGCCUCGAGAUUGACCUGCGUGAAGAGCGUGAUGCCCUUCGAAUGCACGUUCUUCGACUCUGCCCAUCAUCUAUGCCCGUCCCUUCAGUUGUACUUUCAACCUACCCCACAGCUCCAGAGCUGUCAACUAUUAAAUCACAAUGCAUCUGCAACCAACAUGCAUCCUUGGGACCUUCAACAGUAGUGGAUAUACAGCAUGAAGGUGGCGAAGCCAUGAUCCAAUGCGGACUAUGCAAUGAAUGGAACCAUACUAUAUGUGUUAGUCUCGAUCUGGAGCAAGUACCGAAGUUAACUCGAUUCAUAUGCCCUGUGUGCAUGAUUAUACGAAAGAAGCAAUAUCCGCAUGGACUUGUACAUUAUCCUGGAGAAGUACAAGCGAGAGCAGCAGCGCGUGUCCAAGCCGCUAAGGAUGCAGGCGAUGCAAAGAAAAAGAAACGUAAGCCUAGUAGAGAUGCUAUUGAUCCGAAUACCGGAGUUGCUCUUCCAGCACCAUCGGGUACAGAGGGAAAGAAGAAGCGCCCGUAUAAAAAACGAGAGAAGACGGAACUAUUAAAAAACGACGAGAAAGUGUCAAUUAAGCGCCGCAAGUCUUCUGGAGCGCAGUCGAUUAUUUCAACAGUCUCGACUGAUACUAAUGGAUCGCCAACAACGCUUCCAUCGUUCAGUGAAGGAUUUUCAUUUCCUCACGACAGUCCUUCAACUUCUUCUCAUUCACCACAGCAACACUCGCACCAGCAUAUUCCACCCUCACAGAGGGUUCCAUCGCACACGUUACCAUCUUAUCCAAGCGUACAUGGAUUACCACUUCAAGCGGCCCCUGUAUCAUCUCACUAUCACACAUCGUCACCUCAACAACAUCAAUAUGUUACCUCCCCUUCUCUAACCAACGGUACAUAUCGACCAUAUCAACCUUCGGCGGCAAUCCAGGGGCAUGCGCCUCAACAUCCUCUCUCUCGAGGUCCAUCACAAUCCAAUACAUACUCUUAUCCCCAUUCGCACCCACAUUCUCCGCCUCCGUCUUCACAUAUGCGCUCCCAUGCACAUUCACCUCCAAGUCAUGAACAGAAUUCUGGAACACAUAUCUACGGAGCCCACUCGCUUGGUUCUGUCCGACAAGGGCAUUAUUCUCCCUCGUCCCAUGAUCACCAUCAUUUUAGUUCAAGUAAGAAUGACCGGUGUACUGAUAUUUUGCCGCACCCAGUCAGAGAUGAUCUCUAUAAUGACCGACAUUCGCGCUAUGUGCACCAUCGCUCAUCAUUGCCUCCUACAGCGCCUUCUCAUGCACGUUCGUAUUCCGGAUACAGUAAUAACAACAAUGGACCAGCUAAUUCAUCUCUGCCCUCGGUUCUACCGCCCAUGAAAAAUCAUCACCCUGCUUCUCAAGUUCAUGGACUUGUUGUUUCGUCCGAAACAGAAGCAGGAGGGGGGACGGGCGGAAUUAUCAUUGUGAAGGAUGGUUUUUUACCAUUGGAAACAGGGAGCGGUGGCGAAACAGAGACGGAUGAUGAUGAAACACAUCCUGUAGCCUCCACUGUUGGUCCAUAAAUAUGGCCAUAAUAAUUUGGAAAUGAGCUGAAUUAAGUAGUAGAACUGCAUCAUAUACAUUGUUAUGUUGCCUAUGUGUUUAUGCCCUCAUUUUGAAAAGUGUAUUAUAUAUUAAACAUAUUCUUAAUGAUCUUUGAGAUGCGCCAUGUAAACGUCGUAUUAAUC